AAUCUGGAAGUCUGAGCAGAGGGGGCCGAGAGACGAGACCAUCCCCUGGAAGGGAGCCGGCCCCGCUGUCCACGCGGCCCCUUCCUUAGGCAGGGCCCAGCCCUGCGCCCUGCUUGCAUCCUGAGCUCUUGCGGCUUCUUCUCAGACCCUCGAGGUGACCAAGGCCGCCCCGGUGGUCAGCAGGGGCGGAAACCUCUCGCCUGGCGCUCUGAGCCCAGCAGGGUGGGCAGGCCGGAAGGCCGGGCCUCUCCAGGUCCGGCAGGGAAGGGACUUGCUGUCUGUGUGAGAGGCCGGGUCUCACCAUAAAUGGCGGGGAGGGACGGCUGGCCCUGGGCCGCUGGGACGGCCUGUACCGGAGCUCUCGGGGCAGGAUCCACUCCACCCUCCCUCGGCUUCUCAGCUCCUAAGGAGACACCUGCCUGGGCCAUGCAAGCUGAGUUAAAGUGGCCUGCAGAAAGAAGACGCCCUGCUGGCGGACCUGGAGUCCACGACCUCCCACAUCUCCAAGCGGCCCGUGUUCUUGUCUGAGGAGACCCCCUACUCCUACCCGACUGGGAACCACACGUACCAGGAGAUCGCCGUGCCGCCCCCCGUCCCACCGCCCCCAUCCAGUGAGGCCCUCAACGGCACGGUCCUCGACCCCUUAGACCCCUGGCCAGCCAGCACCUCCCGAUUCGCCCACCAGCAGUCUCAGUCCUCAUCCCCCGUGUACGGCUCCCACGCCAAGACUUCCAGCGCCCCCAGCCCCCAGGACAGUGGCGGGCCCCCGUGUCCCCGAGCCGGCGAGGAAGAUCACGUGUACAGCUUUCCCAAUAAGCAGAAGUCAGCCGAGCCUUCGCCCACCGUCAUGAGCGCCUCCUUGGGCAGCAACCUCUCUGAGCUCGACCGCCUGCUGCUAGAGCUGAACGCUGUGCAGCAUAACCCCCCGGGCUUCCCCGCAGAUGAGGCCAACUCCAGCCCGCCGCUGCCGGGGGCUCUGAGCAGCCACUACGGCGUCCCGGAGAAUAACAGCCCGCUGGGGGGUAAAGCCGGACCACUGACCAAAGAGAAGCCCAAGCGGAACGGCGGCCGGGGCCUGGAGGACUUGCGGCCCAGCGUGGAGAACCUCUUGGAUGAGCUGGAGAGCUCCGUGCCCAGCCCCGUCCCUGCCAUCACUGUGAACCAGGGCGAGAUGAGCAGUCCCCAGCGAGUCACCUCCAGCCAGCAGCAGACGCGCAUCUCUGCCUCCUCCGCCACCAGGGAGCUGGAUGAGCUGAUGGCCUCACUGUCGGAUUUUAAGACCAGCUCCUCCUCUGCUGUGGCCUUGAGCUCCUUGGGGCUGCCACCUGGCUCAGCUCCAUCCUCACACCACAGCCUCCCCCCUCCACCUCCUCCCGGGCCCUCUGGAGGCCUGCCACCCCCUUGGAAGCCCUCCCCUCAAGGCCACAGUCACACCCGGGGAGUCCUCUGCGCCGAGGACAACGUGGCCCCUGGCCAGCUCGAUUUGGCUGGCCUUGGGCUGAUGCCUGAAACCCCCAACUCAAGGUCUCCCUCCACGGAGGGUUGGCCGGGGCCACUGGUUGUAGAGAGCCAGGCUCGCGUUUGGAAGGACCCACCGGACCAGGUCGGGGAGCUCUGCAGGGCGCCUCCCGGCCACACUCUACCUUAUGCUGGGGGCACAGGUCCCCAGGAGCCUGGGGCCCCCCAAGCACCGUCGUCCAACACUUUGCACCUGGAGGAGGCAGUGGCUGCCACUCGGCAGGGGCCAUGGGCUCUGGGGGCGCUCAGGCCUGAGCCCCCGCGGGGAGCUGCGCCCAGCUUCCACGAGGUCACCGAGUCAGCCAUUGUGGCCGUGGACCGUCAGGCCGUCUUCCCGGAUACCUGGAGCCUCGCGGAGGAACGUGGAUGGCAGGAGAGGGCAAGGCCUGAGCCAGGGGUGCCGGAGAGCAGCCGCCGCACCCCCAUUGAGGAUGAGCAGCUAGGUGGAGAGACGCCCACGGCGGGCGGCCUGGUCAGGCCAGCCCGGGGACCUGAGACCCCCAGGAGGCCAGAGGGUGCCACCGAAGCCGCCACCGAGGCCAGGACGGGCCAGGCAGAACUCCCACGGGCUGUGGCCAUGGACACACCCAGCACCACCGAGAGGAUUUCCACGGCUGGCCAGAUCCGCUCGGUGAUCAGGAGGAGCCGGGAGACCGGCCACGCUCACCCUAUGUCCCGGGAGCCCUCCCCUCGCCGCCGGCUGGACCCCGCCACCCUAAGCAGGACCCCGUCCCAGGAGCGGCUCAUCGCCGAGCUGCAGGGUCGGCUGGGCAUCCGGCCGGAGGCAGAGGAGACCGCGGGGGCCACAGGGGCCUCUGCCGAGGACUGGCUGACCGAGGGCGUCGUCAUCACUGUGCAGCCGCGUGGGAGGCGGGCUGGGGGGCAGCUGGUGGAGAAGGUCGUCUUUCCUCCUGGCUCUCCAAUUCCCCUGCGGAGAACCUUCUCUGUUCUGCCUUCUCCUCCUCCUCCUCCCAGCCCUCUGCUCCAGCACCGCAAAGACGCCUCCUCAGCCAGCAGCUCUCCUCCCCCGCCCAGCCCACCCACCCCCUCCACCCCGGGGCCCGCCGCUAUCCCCUGCGGCCCCUCCGGGGUCCAGAGCACUGGGAUGGGGCUGCGGGGAGUCGGUGUGCAGGGCCCCGCCCCGCGCGCAGCUGCAUCCAGCUCCGUGAGGUCCAUAGGCUGCCAGACAGACGAGGAUCCGCUCUUCCCCCCGAUGCAGAUGCAGGGCCUGGAACAGAGAACGGAUGGCGAGCUGUGCUGGGCGGCCGGCUGGCCUCUGAAUGGCAGGCAGAGCGGCCCCGAAGGGCAGGACGCGGGAGGGUUCAUGGCCCAGGGGAAGACGGGGAGCAGCUCUCCCCCAGGCGGCCCCCCGAAGCCCGGGAGUCAGCUGGACAGCAUGCUGGGGAGUCUGCAGUCUGACCUGAACAAACUGGGGGUCGCCACGGUCGCCAAGGGAGUCUGCGGGGCCUGCAAAAAGCCGAUCGCGGGGCAGGUGGUGACGGCCAUGGGGAGGACCUGGCACCCGGAGCACUUCGUCUGCACCCACUGCCAGGAGGAGAUCGGCUCCCGGAACUUCUUCGAGCGGGAUGGACAGCCCUACUGUGAAAAGGACUAUCACAACCUCUUCUCCCCGCGCUGCUACUACUGCAACGGGCCCAUUCUGGAUAAAGUGGUGACGGCCCUCGACCGGACGUGGCAUCCGGAGCACUUCUUCUGCGCCCAGUGCGGCGCCUUCUUCGGGCCUGAAGGGUUCCACGAGAAGGACGGCAAGGCCUACUGCCGGAAGGAUUACUUCGACAUGUUCGCGCCCAAGUGCGGCGGCUGCGCCCGGGCCAUCCUGGAGAACUACAUCUCGGCCCUCAACACCCUCUGGCAUCCUGAGUGCUUCGUGUGUCGGGAGUGCUUCACGCCGUUCGUCCACGGCAGCUUCUUUGAGCACGAGGGGCAGCCCUACUGCGAGGCGCACUACCACGAGCGGCGGGGCUCCCUGUGCUCGGGCUGCCAGAAGCCCAUCACGGGCCGCUGCAUCACCGCCAUGGCCAAGAAGUUCCACCCGGAGCACUUCGUCUGCGCCUUCUGCCUCAAGCAGCUCAACAAGGGCACGUUCAAGGAGCAGAACGACAAGCCUUACUGCCAGAACUGCUUCCUCAAGCUCUUCUGCUAGGCGCCCGCGUCCCUCCCCGCCUGCCCCUUCCCCGGCCCAGCCUCCUGACUGCUGCUGGGACCCAGAGGCCUCGUCCCAGGGGGCCGGGGUGGGGGGCGGUGGCGAAGGGGCCCGACUGAAACUGGAACUGUGUCCUCGGCGAUGGCGAUGGCUUCCCUUUCCCCCUGCCAGCGCCUCUGGGCCGCCUCCCUCCUCCCGAGGCUCCCCCGAGGCGGAGGCUGGAGAUCCCACCUGCGUCCCCACGAGCCCGCCUGGCCAAGCCAGCACCCCACACUGGAGCCAUUGCUUACUCGUAUCUCGGCAGUGAAGCCGGGGGUGGGGAGGGCAGGCAGGCUCAGACGAGGCCUCUUUGCAUCCUUAUCCCCCACCCCAACCUCGUCAGCCCUGUUCCGAGAGUACUGGGGGGACGCCAGCUCCCCCCAGGCAAUGCCAGCAUCCACCCACCCAUCCACCCAAGGGCGGACGUGCCCACGGGGCCACAGAAGGCUCCUCGCGUGCCUCCUGCCCUUCCCAUCUCCCCAGGCCUGGGCAGCUGCCCCCAACACCUGCCCCCCGCCCCCCUACAACUGCUCUGGUUCUACUGAGAAAGGCCUCUCCAGCAAUAAUGUUUUCUAGUCACUUCCUCCAUCUCCUGGGACGGCGUGAGGUGGCGAGUGUCACCCCGUUGCCUGGACACUGUACCGACUUUGAUAGUUUUCUACACUGAGGUUUGAAUUCGUAUCGUCUGAGUUGCUUUUACUUCUCUAUAUGAAGAUGAUUUUGAAGAGGUUUUACCAAUGUCUCCUUUUGUACGCCUCCCCCGCGUGCCGCCGCUGGCCCGGUGCACACCGCGGUGGCUGCGGGACGUGCGGGGCCUGCCUUGUACUGAGGGCUCGGGGCGGGGAAGCAAUUCAUAUUUUAUUUUUUUCUUAGCAAAGCAGGUGAACGGGGAGCGGCUCUGUUGACUCUCCAUCUGUAACUUCACAGCUCACCAGGACUGUUUUUAUAAACUGCUGUAUUUCGAACCCCCUUCCUUACUCCCCAGGCCAGCAAGCUCUUCACUGAGACCGGCCUGAAGGGUGUCUUGCCCUCUGGGGCCUAGAAUUCCGAACCUCAUCCGUCCUGUUUCUGAGUGGGGAGAGACGGGGAAGUCCACUCUGGGGGUGCCGUUUCCCUGUGUAAGCCGUUAGGGGCGUCCACAGAGAGACUUUCUGGCCACAAAGAGAACAUUCUUGGCCUCCCCACUGCUACUCUGGGGGCCCUUUCUUCUUCUGCCUCCUCAGGAAAGCUGGGAUCUGAUUUUGACUGUUAGUCUUGUUGAUUCUACUGGGCACGUCCUUUCCCCAAACUUCCUGCCUUCCCUGGAGACUGGUGGUGGCCCCCGGGGAGAGAGCCCACCCUGGCUGUUGCCUGGGGGCCUGAUAGGAUUCUGGGCGGAGGGACAGGAUCCCUGCGAAGCAACAGGAAGCCCCCUGAGGGUGAGACAGGCAGGGCUGGGGUUCCGGGUCAGUGGAACGGGGGCCCCUAAGUGAGGACAAGCCAGACCCACUCCACUAACCUCAUCAGAGGCUGGGUGUGCUGAGUUUCUCAAGAGGGGAAGGGGGUCCCUCCUUGGAGGCGGGGCUGGGAGCAGCCUGGGUCUGGGGAGGUCAGCCAGGCCCUGCCACAGGUCUGAUGUCUCCAUUUCUACCCAUAGGCCUUAUUGCUCUGUUUACAGUGACCCACCCCAGACCCCUCCCCUAGAGGAUCUGGGGCUUCCAGAGGUUCUACCCUCGGGGUCGAUGGUUAUUUGAUGAUUUGAUUUUUAACUUUUUUUUCCUCUGUAAACUUAUAACCUGGCUUUUUCCCAUUUUAAUUCCUGUGAUUUAUGCCAAUAAAGUUUGCCAUUAUUUUCA